CCCCCUUCUUCUCCCUCUGUGCGCGCGCGGAUCGGCGCGCACACUAGCUUCGCGUCAGGUGUCAGUACUACAGUACGCUUGGCUCGCUCGAAGAUCCUUCGCCCCACUCGACUUCUGCAGACACGACCAUCAUGUCUUCAGAAGGCCGGCCCAUCGCUUCCAUCACACCGCCCGUCAGCAUCUACGUGACGGCUCUGCUGGAAUUCGUGGCGGAACACGUGCUGAACAAUGUGGGACGCAUCAUCGAGCGGGACAAUAGCGACGAAGCUGGACUGAUGGAUCUGAGAAAGGCUCUGGAGGAGGAUGAGAGCUGCGCUAGUUGGUGGGACCGUAUGACCACGCGGGUGGAAAUGCAGUCAAAGGAAAGGGAAGAGGGCGAAUCGCGAAGAGGAAGCGCUCGUCCUUGGCAAGUUCCCGACGAGUCUGAGCUGGAAGAAGCUGCUGGUCGUAGAAAAUUUGUGAGGCAGAGCCUCAACCUCAGCUCUACCGGCGUACCCAUCAGCCCUUCCUUUCCCUCUACACCUCGAGUUGCGGGACAAGGACAUGGACGAGAGAGCAGUCAACCUUACAGCGCCAGCGCUCAUGGGCACAACGACCGCGACUUUGGCGCGCAGAGUCCGGCCAGCACAAGCCUCACGCACGGCAGCUCCUUGCCCGGCAGCGCGACGGCCUUCAAUUCGGCCGUCGGAUCGACAAAUCACAGCGUGGAGACGGCUGCUACGAGCACCGGACCGACCCUCACCCGUAGAUCCAGCAGCGAUCGCGGCUGGGGCAACUUGCUGCAGGGUCGUCGACGCGGAAGCUUCAGAAGCAGCCAGGACAUGGCUGCUCCCAAACCCUCCAUCUCUCAGACCAGCGACGGCGCCAACCCAGAGAUUGUGGAGCCGGACGAUUUCGAAGCGCUAAUGAUGAGCGGACAGACGAUGAAGGUCUCCUUGACGCCCAACAGGCUGCGCACCAUCGAGGUGGCCAAGCAGGACGCGGAAGCCAAGAAGAACGCGAGAAAAAGACCUGGCGUCAUGAACCUCGGAGUCAGAGACGAUGGCGGAUCCUCCACACCCCUCUCUGCUCGAAGCGCCACCUCUCCCGCUCCUCCGCUUUCGGCGCGAUCAGCUGCCGAAGGUGCGCCGCUGGAAGAUCAGCUGCUCGCUGCUGCGGGAGUUUCGGGACGCGAGCGCAGCGCAUCGAGAGCGAGCUCCAUUCGUGCUAGCAACAGCAGCCGGUCCAACUUGACCCCCAAGACGGGCAGUCAACCACCUUCGGCGUACCGCGGGCCUCCGGAAGCGGGCAAACCAAGCGAGCAGAAUGGACGUUCCGCCUCCGUCGAUUAUGGCACGGUGGACGAUGAGUAUGUGCCUGGAUCGGUUGGCGGAUCGCGAAGGGGCAGCAGCGCCAAGGGUGCUUUGCAACCGCGAAACGAGGGUACAACCUCUUCGGUCCGCGACAUGGUAGACAUGUUCAAUGGCACGCCUCCCAGUCCUCUGACCCAGGGCCAAUUCGACUCGCCAGCCAGCGGACGCGAAAGCAGGCAGAGCGUCAUCAGCUUGUCCUCCAACACCGGCGAUGGUCGCAAGGGCGCCUUGUCCGGUCGCGUGAGGUCGCUGUUUGGUGGGCGCAAGCCGAGCGCUUCGGGCAUCGUCACUCCUCAACCACGUCGUCUCCACUCUGGCAACAGUUCUCGCAACGGCUCCUUUGCCAACAUGCCCAAUGCCAGCGAAGACAACAUUGCCUCCAGCUCUGUUGGACACGCAAGUGUUGCCUCCAUCAGCGAAUUUCAGCAACCGCAGUCGCGCACCGUUGGUGGUUCUCUUGGCAGAUCUCAUAGCAAUCGCCCACCAUCUGCUGGCGGACGCGUUCCCGUUCCCGCAUAUCGAGAUGGGGAUGAGGGUCGAUUAUCACCCGCCAUCGAGAGCACCACGCCCGAUCCGCCAGUCAAGACGCCAGACGCGACCGAAGCGCUUCCUGAUCUUCCGCUCAAGGACGAAUCGGUCAAUGCUGGCGUGGCUGACCUUUCGAGAUCGACCACCGACAGCGGUGGUCUUGUCGGCAUAUACCCCGAAGAGCCUCUGCUUCGCAGAGCUGCUACUCCCCCUUCUCCGCCGCCAGCGCAGGGUCAGCAAGCUCGCGCCGAGCCUCCAAGUCGCAAGAUACCCUGGAGCUAUGCUCGACAAUCUUCCAUCGGUCCCAGCAACGCAGCGAUCGGCGCGUCCAUCAGGAGACCAGGAAGCUCUGCUGCUGCUGAGCGCAAUGCCGCAGCUGCUGCCGCCGCCGCUGGGACGGCUGGAAGCGUGGGCGGACACUCUAGCAGCAACGAGCAUGCCCCGCCAAGCGCUUGGGCUUACUCCGCCGGUGGUACGGUGGACGAGCACGCGGUGGGCAACAAGACGCCCACGGCUAAUCAUGCGGCGGGCUAUGCUCAGUCACCAUCGACGCGCAGCUCGAUGGGACCGGCGCGAACUUCCUCGACCACCUCGAGAUCCGAGACGGCUCGUGUGCUGGCGACUUUGGACAGGCGCAUGCGGGACUGCAACACUGUGGAGGAGUGCAGAAUGCUAGUCUCGCAAUCUCUUGCUCUGGCCGCUGCUGCGAUGCACGCUACCGGCGGCGAAUCGCGUCAGGUGCAGGAUAUCCCAGACGAAGAUGUUGUUGCUGGCGAUGCGCAGCAUCCUAGAUCUGCAACACUGCAGCCUGCCCUCCCCGCCGCUGCCGCCGCCGCCGCUCUCAAGACCGAAGCUUCCCCGGCCGAAGUUGCCGUAGCUACAAUCGAUGCUCCUCGUGCGCUGCUGCCCAUCCUCGCCAUGGCGGAAGGGUACGAUGCUUAUGCGGACGAGAGCACGCCGGCUUUCAAACAGUCUGCCAAUCUGGCUGCCUGGCUGUUGGAUGGCGAUGGCGACGACUAUUUUCACUCUUUGCCGCAGCAGUAUGCCGAGUCGAACACUUUGGACAGCAGCCCCGCGUCCAAAGACUCUUCUCAUGCUGCCGAUUUGGAGGAUGAUUUCUCCUCUGCCAAGUCGGACGAAGAGCAAGAGGAGCACGAAGUGGAUGCGGAUGCGGAUGCGGAGGAUACGGAGGAGGAAGCUCGGACUGUACAGCGACAAGCACCACCCGCCUCCGCCUCGGCUUCCGGCUCGGGAUAUCGACGCUCGGCAGCUUCGGAACUGGCCAACGUCGCAUCCGACGCCACGCUCCGUUGGACUUCGGCCAGCAGCGGCAGUGGCACCAAGAAUGCCAGGAGCCCCACAAACGGACAUCUGCCCGGCUCUUACGCUUCGCAAACGCCCCUGCUGUCGCGCAGCAAAGCUGCUGCACCACCACCACCACCACCACAGCCCAACAUGCACGCCACGAAAGUCAUGCCUUCGAACACGACGGAUGGAGAAUUGGCAGAGAUGCAAGCGAGACGAACUAGCAUGCAUUCCAGCACCAAAUCCUUCAGGGACGCUUCGGAGGAGCCGGUCGAUUAAAGAGGGCGGCGCAGGCUAUGCGAAUGUCGGGGUGAUGAGGGACGGACGCUGGCCUCGUCCAGUCGAUACGCACACCGCUUGAUGCCAUCAAUACACGACACACAUCCUUCACAUUCCAUUAUUCACCUUUUUAUUUGCUUCCCCUGAUUUU